AUGACAGUCACCCAAUACGUACGGCCUGAUGGCAUUACUGAGCCUCGAUCCAGUGGGGUUGACGUUAUCAUCGUGGGACUCGGAAUCGCUGGUUUGGUGGCUGCAAUUGAGUGCCAUUACAAGGGACAUAAGGUCGUAGGCCUCGAGAAAAGCCAUGAUGUUAAGGUGUUGGGAGAUAGCAUCGCGUUGGGAAGUAAUGCCGCAAAGGUCUUGCAGCAUUGGGAUAACGGCAGAAUCUUGAAUGAGUUGACAAGUCAAUCGGAUGAUGUAGCCGCGAUGGAGAUCCUAGAUCCAGCGGGAAAGCUGUAUGCGAUGGAUUCCAUGGACGGGUAUGGCUUUGGAGAAGGGAUGAUCAUCCAUCGCGGAACCCUUGUCAAUGAGCUAUACCGCCAUGCUAGGUCUUUGGCGAUUGAUCUACGUUUUGGAUCGGCGAUCACUCAGUACUGGGAGAAUGAUGGCCACGCCGGAGUGGUGGUAAAUGGUGACCAGAGACUCUCAGCCGACUGUGUCAUUGGUGCAGACGGAGUGCACAGCAAAACACGGGAUUUUGUGCUCGGCUACCAGAUCAAACCCCAGGCUUCGGGGCUUGCCGCAUAUCGAGCAUGCUUCAGUGCAAAAUUGGUCUCAGGUGAUUCUGAGGCCAGUUGGGUCCUGGAGGAAGCUGGCUUACGCGACCGGAUGCGAAGGUACAUCACCGAUGGAGGCCUGGGACUGACACUAGCAACUGGAAAACGUGGUCAGAAUAUUAUCUGGCAGAUCUGGCAUCGAAACGACACGACGUCUGAGGAGUCGUGGGAAAAUACCACGAAGGCCCAUGUGGACGAUGCUCUCGCUCUCAUUCAAGACUGGCCAGUCUACUCGCGAGUGGCCGCAGUUCUAAGACAUACCCCAAGCGACAAGUUGGCCGACUACAAGAUCAUUUCCCGUGAUCCUCUGCCGACCUGGAUUUCUCAGGGUGGUCGCGUUAUGAUCAUUGGCGAUGCCGCACAUGCAAUGUCCCCUAUUGUAGGCCAAGGAGGUGGACAGUCUAUUGAGGAUGCCGCUACGCUGGCUAUCUGUCUUGAGCUAGCCGGUAAGACCCAGGUAAAAUCGGGUCUUCAAGCGGUUGAAGCCUUCCGACACCAGCGCACCAGGAUCAUCCAGGAGAGUGGUAAUGCGAUUUAUAGCCAGAUGCGUGAUCCUGACUGGGCGGCUAUCGAACAAGACCCCUCAAUGAUGAAAUUUCCCCGGCCACAGUGGAUCUUUGACUACGACGUUUACCGUGACGUUUACAAGGAGUUCCCAGCCGUUAUAAGGGCGGUACAGGAUGGGACCAAGUACCGACCGCAAAAUAUUCAUUCGGACUGCAAGUAG